AUGGCCGAGGGCGCGGCUGGCAGGGAGGGUCCGGCGCCGCCCAACGAGACGGGGGGCGAAGACGACCCUCGCUUGGGCCCCGACGUCGUUUCUGGGGACUGCUUGACGAUGGGCGCUACGGGCCGGUCCAGAGACCAUCGUAGCGGAGUCGUACUGCUGGGCGCCUCUGGGGCCCCGGCAGACAGCGAGGCCAGCCUCCUGGAGGCUGUGCGGGCUACCCCCAGGCGCAGCAGCAUCAUUAAGGAUCCUGCAAACCAAAAAUGUGGUGGAAGAAAGAAAACUGUGUCUUUCAGCAGCAUGCCUUCGGAAAAGAAGAUUAGCAGUGCAAAUGAUUGCAUCAGCUUCAUGCAAGCUGGCUGUGAACUGAAGAAAGUUCGGCCGAAUUCUCGCAUUUACAAUCGAUUUUUCACUCUGGACACAGAUCUCCAAGCUCUUCGCUGGGAGCCUUCCAAGAAAGAUCUGGAGAAAGCUAAGCUUGAUAUUGCUGCCAUAAAAGAGAUCAGACUGGGGAAGAACACGGAAACAUUUAGAAACAAUGGUCUUGCUGACCAGAUCUGCGAGGACUGUGCCUUUUCUAUACUUCAUGGGGAAAACUAUGAGUCUCUGGACCUUGUUGCCAAUUCAGCUGAUGUAGCAAACAUCUGGGUGUCCGGAUUACGUUACCUGGUUUCCAGAAGCAAGCAGCCCCUUGAUUUCAUGGAGGAUAACCAGAACACACCAAGGUUCAUGUGGCUGAAAACUGUGUUUGAAGCAGCAGAUGUUGAUGGCAAUGGAAUUAUGUUGGAAGACACCUCUGUAGAGUUAAUAAAAAAACUCAACCCUACUCUGAAGGAAUCCAAGAUCAGAUUGAAGUUUAAAGAAAUUCAAAAGAGCAAAGAGAAACUGACGACCCGUGUGACAGAAGAAGAGUUUUGUGAGGCUUUUUGUGAACUUUGCACCAGGCCAGAAGUCUAUUUCUUACUUGUACAGAUAUCUAAAAACAAAGAGUAUUUGGAUGCCAAUGAUCUCAUGAUCUUUUUAGAAGCUGAGCAAGGAGUCACCCACAUCACUGAGGAUAUGUGCUUAGACAUUAUCCGGAGAUAUGAACUUUCUGAAGAGGGCCGUCAGAAAGGAUUUCUUGCCAUUGAUGGCUUCACUCAGUAUUUGUUGUCACCAGAAUGUGAUAUUUUUGAUCCUGAGCAAAAGAAGGUCGCCCAGGAUAUGACUCAGCCUUUAUCUCACUAUUACAUCAAUGCCUCUCAUAACACCUAUCUGAUUGAAGACCAGUUCAGGGGGCCAGCAGAUAUUAAUGGAUAUGUUAGAGCUUUGAAAAUGGGCUGUCGAAGCAUUGAGCUUGAUGUAAGUGAUGGUCCCGACAACGAACCAAUCCUUUGUAAUCGAAAUAAUACGGCAACUCAACUUUCUUUUCGAAGUGUCAUAGAAGUGAUAAAUAAAUUUGCCUUUUUUGCUUCUGAAUACCCACUCAUCCUCUGUUUGGGGAAUCACUGCUCCCUACCACAGCAGAAGGUAAUGGUUCAACAGAUGAAAAAGAUCUUUGGCAAUAAACUCUAUACAGAGGCACCAACGCCAUCUGAAUCUUACCUCCCUUCUCCAGAAAAACUAAAAACAAAGAUCAUUGUGAAAGGAAAGAAGUUGCCUUCUGAUUCCAAUGUAUUAGAGGGGGAAGUAACAGAUGAAGAUGAGGAAGCAGAAAUGUCUCGAAGGAUGUCAGUAGACCAAAAUGGUGAUCAGAAACAAAUAUGGCUCUGCAGGGAGCUCUCUGAUUUGGUAUCUAUUUGUAAGUCUGUUCAGUACAGGGAUUUUGAACUGUCUAUGAAAAGCCAAAACUAUUGGGAAAUUUGCUCCUUUAGUGAAACAGAGGCCAGCCAGAUUGCAAAUGAAUACCCAGAAGAUUUUGUAAAUUACAAUAAGAAGUUCUUAUCAAGAAUCUAUCCAAGUGCCAUGAGAAUUGACUCUAGUAAUUUGAACCCCCAGGACUUUUGGAAUUGUGGCUGUCAGAUUGUGGCAAUGAAUUUUCAGACUCCGGGUCCAAUGAUGGACCUUCACACAGGCUGGUUUCUUCAGAAUGGAGGGUGUGGUUAUGUUCUGAGGCCUUCUGUCAUGAGAGAUGAAGUUUCUUACUUCAGCGCAAAUACAAAGGGCAUCGUACCCGGGGUUUCUCCUUUAGCUCUUCAUAUCAAGAUCAUCAGUGGCCAGAAUUUCCCAAAGCCCAAGGGAGCAUGUGCCAAAGGGGAUGUCAUAGAUCCCUAUGUCUGCAUAGAGAUUCAUGGAAUUCCUGCCGAUUGUUCAGAACAAAGAACUAAAACUGUACAACAAAACAGUGAUAAUCCUAUUUUUGAUGAAACUUUUGAGUUUCAAGUUAACCUACCUGAGCUGGCCAUGAUCCGUUUUGUGGUUCUAGAUGAUGAUUACAUUGGGGAUGAGUUUAUAGGACAAUAUACAAUACCAUUUGAAUGUCUGCAGCCCGGAUAUCGACAUGUCCCCCUGCGCUCUUUUGUGAGUGACAUCAUGGAGCACGUAACCCUUUUUGUUCACAUAGCGAUAACUAACCGGAGCGGAGGAGGGAAGGCACAGAAGCGCAGCCUUUCGGUGAGAAUGGGGAAGAAAGUUCGGGAAUAUACCAUGCUCAGGAACAUUGGUCUCAAAACCAUAGAUGACAUCUUUAAAAUAGCAGUUCACCCCUUACGAGAAGCCAUAGAAAUGAGAGAAAACAUGCAGAAUGCCAUAGUGUCUGUUAAGGAGCUAUGUGGACUCCCUCCAAUUGCCAGUCUGAAGCAAUGCCUGCUGACCCUGUCCUCUCGGCUCAUUACCAGUGACAAUAUGCCCUCAGUCUCACUAGUGAUGAAAGACAGUUUUCCUUACUUGGAGCCUCUGGGGGUGAUUCCAGAUGUGCAGAAAAAGAUGCUAGCCGCUUAUGAUCUGAUGAUUCAAGAGAACCGGUUUCUCAUAGAAAUGGCAGACACAGUCCAUGAAAAGAUUGUACAGUGUCAGAAAGCAGGGAUGGAGUUCCAUGAAGAACUUCAUAACCUGGGGGCUAAAGAAGGCUUGAAAGGAAGAAAACUCAACAAGGCAACUGAGAGUUUUGCUUGGAAUAUUACGGUAUUGAAGGGCCAAGGAGAUCUGUUGAAGAAUGCCAAGAAUGAAGCUAUAGAAAACAUGAAGCAGAUCCAGCUGGCAUGCUUGUCCUGUGGAUUGAGUAAAACCACCACCAGCGGUGCAGAUGCCAAGAGCAAGCGCAGCCUGGAAGCAAUAGAAGAGAAGGAGAGUGGGGAGGAGAAAGGGAAGCUGUGAGCCUGGGAGUCCUCAAUAGUUCACC